AUGCUCCAUAUAACAGUGAUCAUUUCAUUAAUUGGCAUAGCCUCAUCUAUGGUUUCAUGUUCUGUAAAUACUUAUAUGCUUGUGACAGUAGAAAGACGGAAAAAGGACAUGGUUCUGUUUUAUUUUCGUUUUCUGCUGGAUGGUAUAAUAAGUAUAUUGAUCGCUGCGUUUCUAUCCUGUGGGAUUUCAUAUUCCAUGUUUCCUGAACAAUUUUCACAAACGCAAAAUUUAAUAUUCUAUUUAUCGCUUCCCGCAUCUAAUUUUUCCGCGAUUAGAUCAAUUGUGGCACUGUUCAUUUCGGUGGAACGAGUCGUGGCGGCCUAUUUCCCCAUUCAAUACCACAAUUAUCAUCAAUCUUUUCCGAAAAUUCCUAUAAUGAUAACAGCUAUUAUCUAUGGCUUCAACGAGGAUAUAGUGCUCUAUGUGUUUUGUGAUUUUCAACUAAAUAUUCCCAAAAAUUGUACAGCGUUGGGAUGUGCCAUCAAUGAGUGCUUUUAUCAAUAUUGGACCACUCACAAAUCGAUAGUUUUUGCGUUGAUAUUUCUGUCUUCUUUAGCUUUGUGCUUUCAACUAUUCAUGCUCAACAAACGUGAAAAGAAAGGGAAAAAUGAGCUAACCAAGUUAAACCGUCUUGCUCUCAUCGAUGGUGUCAGGGUGCUUUUAGCUGAUUUUCUCCCGAAUCUUGUUGCCAAUCAGUUGUCUCGGGGAGGAUUUUCCAUUUUUCAGAGCCUUGGCCCAUAUGAAGUGGUGGCAAAAAAAUUUGGAUGUGCCACGGAGGCCAUUCUAGUGCUGUACACCUUGCGGCAUAGAACACAUCGAGUCAACGACAUAAGUGAUUCAAAACUGGCAAGCGGAAAAUCUAAUUUCAUUUUUGUAAAAUAA